UUUGCUUCAUCGCUCACGUGACUUCUGGUUAAACAGCUCAGGUUCACUUGAAGCCUCAGGAAGUUCGGGAAUAAUUCGUGUUUAUGAUCAGUCGACAAAUAUCUGCAGCUUGUUUUUAUCUUCAGAUUUGAAAAUUUACUUCAGAUAAACCACCGACUUUGUUUAGUUGUUGUCACGAUGUCUAACAGCGCUACAGAUCAACUGCUCGACGAGCACAAGAUGAGCGAUGCGGCGGCUGAAUUACAGAAAUACAAGGAUUUGAUUGGGACUGCAGACGACGAAAAAUCCAGACUGGUUCUGGAGAAGGCAGAAACAGAAGAUGAAAAGAAAAAAGCCCAGCAAAAAUACGAGGAUCUGCAAGCUACUGAAGACAAAAUCACUAAACAGUUUAAUGACGACCUUCGAGAACUACAGGAGGAGAUAAAGAGUCUGGAUAAAGUCAAUCAGGAUCUUGAGCGAGAACUGCAGGAUCUCCAGAAGAAGCUUAGCAUGAAGAGAGAUGAAACUGCUUCUCUUCAGCAAAAGUUUAAGAUAAAAGCUGAAAUCCCAGUGAAAAGAAUGAAGUUUACUCAGGUUGAAACAGAAGAGCAAGAGGAGAGAGAUGAAGAUGUGGCCUGUGUAUUUACUGUCACCCAGAGACCCUCGCUCCUCCUGAAGGGUGGACAAGCUCUCAUCACAUUUGAAGAGGAGAAUGUGGCCGAGCAGAUCCGACGGCUGCCCAAGUGCUCUGUUGCCUGUGACAAAACCAAGAUGGAUGUAAAGCCGUGCCCCUUAGCCCUGGAGCCCUCUGUGAAAUUUGAGGUUCAUAUCAAGGUAUCAAAGAAGAGCAUCAAGUUCAGCAACGCUCCCCCCAUUUUACCUGAGGAGCGAAUGAGAGACCGGCUGGAGGUCUCCUUCUCCAAAGCGAGUCGUGGCGGUGGCGAAGUGAAAAACGUGGAGUAUGACAAGCAGAGCGGCACAGGCCGCAUUACUUUUGUCAACACUGGAGUUGCAGAGAAUCUGGUUCUGAGAGAAAAGUUUCCUGUGGACACCAGCACUGAUCUAAUGGUUGAUCUGUUUCCACUCUAUGAAUACCAGCUGAAGAAAUUUCAAACAUACUCGGGGGUCCCAAAUCGCACCGUGCUGCUGGAGGGAAUUCAGGAGGUGAUGGAUGAAGAAGAUCUUCAGGACCAUCUAGAAAUCCACUUCCAGAAACCCAGUAAUUACGGAGGAGAGGUUCAGGCCAUUAAGUACAUCCCGGCUGGAAAAUCCUGGACGGCGUUCUUCAGUGACGACAACGACCAAGCCGAAGGCUGAGGCUGGAUUAUUGUGUUCAGAAAUGACACGUUAUUUACUUGUGAUUUGGUGAACGGAAAUUGUUUCUUCUGAUUUGCUUAUAGGCACAUGAUGAAAUUGAGAAUAUAUUGAAUAUCCUGUUAGAAUAUCGAAUAUAUAGAAUAUCUGUUUAAUAAUUAAUUUAGGAUAAAAGUGUAUAAGGUCACUAAAUGUGUAAGUUAAAUAUAAUAAAGUAAUGUUGAACAAAAUGAUUUUUUUCAUGUUUUCUUUUGUUAUAGUGUCUAAAAGGGUGGGCAUCACAGUGGUUUAUUUGGGCAGUUUAGAAAUGCAAUUGUGUCCUGGUUCACUAAAGACCUUAAUAUGUAAUAACAACUGCAAAACACUUAUGUAUUUAAGGGUUAAAACAUGAUUAAAACUGCAGGCAGGCAGGCAGGCAUCACUCAUUAUUGGUUAUAUGAAAACACCGUAGUUGCACAAGAUUUCUGUAGGAAUAAUUUAUUCAAAUAAAGUUUCUCUAAACUUUGAUGUUUAACUACCAGUUGGUGAUUGGUGGCAUUUUGUUGGUGUUAGCAUAAAACAGAUCAAAGGAAUACACAAAACGUUUCCUAGCUAUUAAAAGAGAGACAUACACAUAUACACCCUACCUAGAUGGACUUCUUAUAGUUUACUUGGAUGACUUCAGUGGUUUUUUGUUAAGUUGUGAGCUCACACACUGAAAAGGUAAAGGCCUGAAACAGAGACUCUAGUUUGUCAACUGGACAAAGAGUGACCGCUGUAAUGUGAAGUGUAACAAAACUACCAUUUAUUAGUUAUUGUUUUAUGUUUUUCCUCGGGCUCUAUAGUGUUUCACAGCGCUGUUACUGUUUGUUUCUCAAUACUAAACGAUAGAAUCACGAACAUCCAAAUUAAAUACGGGUGCAGGAUCAAAUAAA